CUGAACAUGGGACUUUCCGGCAGGACCACAGCUCCUGCCCUGCACUCAUUUGGCCCAGGAUAUCCUGAUUUGCUGAGGAAGUCUUCCGAAGGAGGACGUCGGCCAUGUGGUGCCUCUGGGGUCUUCUUCUCUACGAAGCACUCCUUCCCGUUGUGGUUAUCAGUGUCCAAGUGCUAAGCAAGGUGGGAGACUCCGUGCUGCUGGACGCAGAGUGCCCUACCGGCUUCCAAGUGCGGGAGGCCAUCUGGCGAUCUCUCUGGCCAUCAGAGGAGCUCCUGGCCACAUUUUUUCGAGGUUCCUUCGAAACUCUAUACCGCUCCCAAUUCCUGGGCCGAGUCCAGCUGCAUAGCAACCUCAGUCUGGAGCUUGGGCCCCUGAAAACUGAAGACAGUGGCAACUUCUCUUUGCUGAUGGUGGAUACAGGGGGUAAAACCUGGACCCAGACCCUGCAUCUCAAAGUGUAUGACACGGUACCCAAGCCCAUGGUUCAAGUGUUCACUGCUGCAACAGAAGAGACUCAAGCCCCCAAUACCUGCCAAGUCUUCUUGUCCUGCUGGGUCUCCAACAUCAGUGACAUAACCUAUAGCUGGCGACGGGAGAGGACAAUGGACGUUGAUGCAGAACUGCACAGCUUUUUCUCAAAUGGACAGCUGCUAAGUGUCUCACUGGGACUGGGAGACCAAGAUGUGGCCUAUACCUGCAUUGCCUCCAACCCCGUCAGCUGGGAUAUGGCCACAGUCACUCCCUGGGAGAGUUGCCAUCCCGAGGCAGCCUCCGGGAAGGCUUCCUACAAGGAUGUGCUGCUGGUGGUGGUGCCCAUCACGCUCUUCCUGAUUCUAGCUGGUCUCCUUGGGGUAUGGCACCAUGGCCUCUGCUCAGGGAAGAAGAAGGAUGCUAGCACUGACAGAGUGGUUUCGGAGACGGAGAAUCCCCUUGUGUAAGGUACACCAUGAGGGACAGCGUAAACUGGCGCUUGGAUCAUGAUGCGAGGCUCUGCCCAGUCACAUGAUGCUCCACACCUGGAAACUUCCAGGAUCCUCCUAACUUCCGC